AUGGAAAAGAUGGAGAAAGCUUUUGCACCGGUGUAUACCGGAAGCAAAUCCAACAAAAAGCGGAACGUGGCCGUGGCCGCUUCUCUACUUACUGGAGCUCUUUUGUUCAACCUCCCUUCUCUCGCUCAGGUUUCCCAAGCCAUAAGUGGGGGAGCCAACCCUCAUGUCAAUAAAAUCAAUUACGACUCUUGGUGCUCAAUUCCUGAGCCAGCCGUACCGGCUGAUGAUGGGCUAGAUGCGCCCUCAAAGUUCCUCCAGGACGACUAUAUCCUGAAGCAGGUGGAGCGCAUGACUGCGGCAGUCAAGGUUCCCACCGAAAGCUUCGAUGACAACGGCGACGUCGACGUGGACCCCCGUUGGGCUCCGUUCGAGACCCUUCACGCGACACUGAAGGAACUGUUCCCCCUAGUCCAUGAAAAGAUGAACUUGACCAAAGUCAACAAGUUCGGUCUCAUAUACACGCUUCCCGGUACAUCAGAAGACUUGAAGCCUAUCCUCCUCGCCGCACACCAAGACGUUGUCCCUGCUACAUCGGUCGAGAAAUGGACACACCCUCCGUUUGAGGGACACUAUGAUGGCAAGUGGCUGUGGGGUCGCGGGGCUGUCGACUGCAAGAACAACCUCAUUGGCCUAUACUCAGUCAUGGAAGACCUUUUGGCGCAAAACUUCAGCCCGAAAAGGACCAUCGUUUUCGCUUUUGGCUUUGAUGAAGAAACAGGCGGAAAGCGUGGCGCGAGGACGCUCGGUGCCGAGCUUGAGAAGCAGUGGGGUCAAGACAACAUAGCCAUGAUCCUCGACGAGGGUGGCAUGGGCCUGGACAUCCUUGGUGAUUAUGUUUACGCCAUGCCAGGCGUUGCUGAGAAAGGCUACAUUGAUAUCAUUCUUACCAUCGACGUCGAUGGCGGCCACAGCUCGCGCCCCCCGCCCCACACCGGCAUUGGCAUCAUGUCGGAGCUUCUCGUCGAGCUGGAGGCCCAUCCUUAUACUCCUCGCCUGGAGCAUGACAAUCCCUUCCGCAACCUGCUCGAAUGCCAGGCCAAGUAUUCCCCUGAUCAGGUCGAGCCGUGGCUGGCACACUCUCUCGCUGACAACGAAGACGAGGGAAUUUUGGGAGCACGCCUUGCGGAGAGCCGUGCAGAGGAACGCUUCAUCUUUCAGACCUCUCAGGCGGCUGAUGUCAUCUGGGGCGGCAAGAAGGUCAACGCGCUGCCCGAGAGUGUGCACGCUGAAGUCAAUUAUCGUGUCUCCGCACAUGACGCACCGCUCGAGAAUAUCAAAAAGAAGGCCGUUGGUCUUUUGCGCCCGAUUGCACAGAAACAUGGCCUUGCUCUCAACGUUUUCGGGGCCGUCGAAGAGCCGGCCGCUCAGUCUAUCGGGAAGCUGACAUUUGAUUUGGACCAACCUCUUGAGCCGGCGCCAAUCAGUUCAACGAGCUUGGACAAUCCGGUCUGGAAACUGUUUAGUGGAACGAUUCGACAGACCUUUGAGAACAUCCCGUCCCUUGAAGGCAGGACUGUAGUACCGGUUGGCGACAUCAUGACAGGUAACACCGAUACGCAGCACUACUGGAACCUGACAAAGAACAUCUACCGCUACGGUCCUGGUCGUGAAGGCACCAGACUCAAUGCUCACACUGUUGAUGAGCGUCUGGAGAUGCUCUCACAUGUGGAGGCUAUGGCUUUCUACUAUGACCUUAUUCGCAACUUUGAUCAAGCUAGUGAUCUCUGA